AUGUUAAACUUAUAUAAAAAUAUUAAGUAUAUAAAUGAUAAUUAUUUAAUUGUAAAUAAUGUUUUCUCUUUUAGGAAUACAUUUAAAAGAUCAAUUUCACACUUUAAUUCCAUAAAUAACUCAACACAUAACCUUCCUAAAUCAUUUUCUAAUUUACCAAUCCUAAUUAACCAUUGUAACACAUUUUCCUUUAAUUUAACUAUAACUAACACCUUCAAUCAAUCUUAUCCGAGAUUCUUCUCAAAUUUUAAAAACUCCAAUUUGAGUACUGAUGAUCUCAAUGAAAAGGUCUACAAUACUAAAAAUAAGGCCGAAAAUGAUUUAAUUGAGGAAUUGGAGGAGGAGUUGGAAAUUGGAGAGGAAAGUUCAGGAAUUGAGGAAUUAUUUGAAAUUCCAGACUAUCACCAGUACUUACUUACUAGAAUCACAGAAUCAAAUGGCAGUAAAAGAAGUUUUUUACAGCAUUUUUUACCUGUAGACUACGUUCAGCAAAUGUUUAUAACUGUUCACGACACCUUAAACUUGAGUUGGAGUACCACAAUUUGUCUUAUAACUUUGUUCUUUAAGGUGUUGUUGUUACCAGUUUGGUCAGCAGCUGAGCGUAGUCGGAGAUUAAAUGCUGUGAUUGUUCCUGAUGUUGUAAAGCUCCAAGAAAAGGCAAAACAGGCCUUUAGCACUAAAAAUCAUGAAUUAGCACGUGAAACUCAGCUUAAGAUAUUCGAGUUAACAAAGAGAAAUUCCUUUGUUAAAGGCGUUUUUACACAAACGGGAGCUACUAUGGUCCAAGGAUUAAUGUUUGGAACUGUUUACGGUGGAUUAAGAUUAUUUGCAAUUGAUCCUAAAUCACGACCUGACUUCACCUAUGAGCCUUGUCUCUGGCUUGAUAGUCUUUGUCUUCCAGAUCCUUAUUACAUUCUACCAACAAUUUUUGGCUUUCUCAUGACAAUUGUUUUCGAACAUAAUAUUUCUCUCACCAUUCCAAACAAUUUACAAUCCACGCCAGACAGCAGAUUGGAGAAGUUGAAGAACAGACAGAAGAAUAUGAAGAUAAUAUCAAGGAUAGGGAUAAUAUUAAUAACAUUUUACGGGCUUUCGAUGCCGAGCAGUGCCUUUUUCUACUUAAUUCCAAGCUUCCUAUUUCAGACCAUUGUGAGAUAUUCAUGCAAUAAAUUCAAUAUCGCAAGGCUUUUAAAUAUACCAAUGACUCCCAAACGCAGUAAUCAAUAACAUUUUAUGUAACAUACAGUAUACA